AUGAAUAUUCUAAAAAAAAAAAAUGAGAACUCUAAAAAGAAGAGAAAUUUAUAUUAUAAAAAAUCUUCAAAAUUUAUAGGAUUUUUAUAUAAAUUUGUGAAAUGGUAUAGAAUGGAAGAAGCAUUUGGCCCCAUACAGGCAUAUAAAUAUUCUUCAGUGAUCAUAUUUUUAAUAUUUUUAUUUUUAUUUAAUCUGAUCGUUGGUAUUUUAGUAUUAUUAAUAAGUACUCAAUAUAUAGAAUGCAGAAUUCCAUAUGAAUAUAAAAGCCAAUCAUAUACAAAAUAUUCAAUUGUUAGAGUAACUCCAGAACAUUGUAAGGGUAUAGGUAGCAUGAAAGAACUUAUAGGAACAAUAAAUGUUCAUUAUGAAAUUCAUGGAUUACAACAAAAUCAUUACAGAUUUGUAAGUAGCUUUAAAAAAGAACAAUUAAGUGGACAAGUAUUUUUAAAAAAAGAAGAUGUUAGUGAAUGCCAUCCUUUUAUUACAUUUUCAGAAGGUGGAGUAAACAAAAUACUACAUCCCUGUGGUAUAUUCCCAUGGAACGUUUUUAGUGACAGUUAUAUUUUUUAUGAUAAAGAACCAGAUGAAUCCCCAUAUCCUUCCCCUAUACCAAUAAAACAAAAAGUAGAAGAUAUAACAAUAAAAUAUUAUAGAAAAUUUUUUAAAAAUCCAUCUAGUGAUAUUAUUAAUUCUAAUAAAGAAAAAGUAUAUUUUUGGAUGGACGAAGAAUUACAAUCUAAAUCUUUACAGGAAAAUAAAGAAACUAAUGAAAAAUUAGUUAUUUUACCUCAAACCUUAAAAUAUGAUGAAGCUGGAAAAGCUAUAGAAAAUAGUCAUUUUAUAAAUUGGAUGAUUCCAUCAGCACUUAAUUAUAUUAAACGUUUAUAUGCUAAAAUAGAUGGGCCAUUAGUGUUUCCUUUCUAUAUUUAUAUUGAAAAUAGAUUAAAAAUUAAUGACACUAAGAUAGUUGUUAUUUCUAAUUCUACUCCUUAUCCUGGAACUACUUUUAUUGGAUUCCUUUUUAUUGUAAUAUCUCUUAUUGCUUUUAUUUUAUCCAUUCUAUACCUAAUAAGAAUGAGGAAAUAUCAAUUUACAUAA